GGGGAAUUAUGGUUUGUCGCACGUCUUGCUCCUUUGCCAAGGAAAGCCAUGUGCUGAUUUGCUGAAGACGAGGGGUCUUGACAUUUUGUUUCAUCUUAUGAGGUUAAUAGACUUUGGAUUUUUAACUUUUUUGUCACUGAUUCUCUUCCUGUUAAUAGUGGAGCUGCUGCUUUGUUUUUUUUCCUGUUAAUUUCCUUUCUUAGGUUUCAAUAAUUGUACCGAAAAUUCACCAGUAGUGUCGAUCACCGCAACGUACGUACGUCGCGGCAAUCCCCUCACCACCUCCGCGGGUAUAUUCCUAUUCCGUACAAAUUAUGAGGCCUCGCUCCAGCGGCAGUGGCUAAAUGUGGAAAGGACAACAAAGAAAAUGACGUCUGUAUGUUUCCACGUUCUGGGUGAAGAUACAGUCGGGAUUUAGCACGUUUGUGGACAGUAUUGCAGUGAGGCCAUUAGAGUAUGGAAGGAGGAGUAGGCGGAGGCGACGGGGAUUUGAAGGGGAGUCCUGUCCCCUCCUCCCGCCGUCGCCUCCCGCCUGUGUGCUCACCCGCGACCGGGGGCGGGCAAUGGAAGUCCCCCGCGCAACGACCGGUCGUUAGAGCUGGCGGAGGAAGGUCGGUCAAGCAGGUGCAGCCUCAUGCUGCCAUCGCUGAGGGCAGUCCGCGUGUGCGACGCGAGCAGAGACUUGCCGAGGCUGAUGAAAGCGUGACAAGUGUGCGACAGAGCCCCACUACUCGUACUCCACGUGUGCGACGCGAACGGGAAAUUCCGACGUGGAAUGAGAACAUUUACGAGCGCCCUACGGUAGACCACAGCGUGACAAGUGUGCGACAGAGCCCCCCCGUCAAGAAGGCGGUGAGUGACAAAACUGGUCUUUCGCGUGCGAUGCGAGGCCGCUGCGCCGCCGCCGACCGGUCGUCACCAGAUACACAAAACAAGCAAGAAAAUGAGGCAAAUCCACAGCGGCAGAGGGUGAAGGAGAAGGAGAAAGAGGAGAAAGAGGAGGAGGAGGGGGAGGAGGAGGAGGAGGAGGAGGAGGAGGAGGAGGAGGAGGAGGAGGACGAAGACUUUGUGGAAGUCGAGAGACCCAGACGGCGCGCCAUCGCUAGGCCAGAGGAGUCGAUCGCUUUGCGGCUUCGGUCGGCGACUGCACGAGCGACCGGUCGUCACGCACCAUCGCGGGUAGGGGUGCGGCACAGCACGACAAGGAAAGAUCUGCUGACGAAGCUACAGAAGGAGGGGGAGGGUAGAGAGGAAGAUGGAGAGGAGGAGGAGGAGGCAGAGGAGGAGGAUGGAGAGGAGGAGGAGAAGAAGAAGAAGGUAAAAAUGUUGGACGAUGUUCUCCGUGCUUCUGAUAGGUCGUUUACGGGUGUCGACGUCAUCAAAAUUGCACCUUUGAGAGCGGAGGAUCAGCAUCAACAGUACGAGACAGAGGAAGAGGAAGGGAAAGCGGAGGAGGAGGAGGAGGAGGAGGAGGGGGCAAAAGUCGAGGCCGUUGUCGCUUCGCUAAGGCCGUUGGCGAUGGGCGCGGUACAGUUGAAGCCCGUGGGAUCGAAGCGGGUGACGGCGGGAAAAGACAACGAUGACGAUGGAGAGAAAGAAUGUGAGAGGAGGGUAAUUGAAGCUGGGGGCAGCGGAGGGGAUGCCACGUCAGCACGAGCUGCGGACUGCCGAAGCGCGCGCGUGCGCGCGCGCGCUGCGCCCGACACUGUCGCAGAAGCUCCGGCCGCGGCCGGCAGGCGAGUAGUAGGCGGGAAUCGCAAGGCUUAUCGCGCGCGGAAUAGACAAAAGGAGGAAGCAGGAGGAGUAGAGCUUGGCGCGCAACGGCCUACCGUUAGCAGCGAUGAUGCACAGGAGACAGCCCAUCCACGCUCGCAAACGGAGACCAUUAGCUUGGCGCAAACGGAGACUCCAACGAGGAGGCGGAGCAGGAGGAAGAGUACAGAUGACCGCGCUGUAUCAGUUAUGUCCACUCCCAAAUCGGUCUGUAAUCAAACUGGCAACCCUGGAAGAGAGGGAGGAGAGGGAGGAGAGGGAGGAGAGGGAGCCGACAGAGAAGGAGGAGAGGGAGGAGAGGGAGGAGAAGCUCCUCUAGCUCAAUCUGUCCCAAAGCCAAUCAACGGGUCAGAUUCUUUCCUUUCUCGCUGGUCGGGACACACACCGAAAUGGAGCUCACGUGCUACUGCAACUACGGCUGCUGUCGGACAGAGCGCGCCGAGCUUGCGGCUUGUCAGAGAAGCUUAUCGCAAAGUACUUCAUGACUCCAUCUUCACAGACUGGAAGGUCUUGGUGGGCCCUCAAAAUUGGUCAGAUUAUGCGGAGGGCAAGGAGGGAGGAGAAAGGUACCGAACACAGAAUUUACCAUCCUACGCUGGUCCAGGAGUGUAUGAACUCGGUGUGGCAAGGGUUGGGCCGGAGCUCACGACCAAGUCGGGGAUUCCAGCUCCGCCUUCGUCAUUUAGUUUGAAGAUGUGCUCAUCGCCACAGGCGCCUCGUAUGCGAUUGAUUCGUUCGAGAGAUGUUGUGACCACCUACAUAGGCCAGGCAGAGAACAUCCGUAAUCGAUUGCAGCAAUAUGGACGGAACGGGGCGCAUUUGCAAUGUAGCAAGAAGACUUGCGGCCCCGCAGUCAAAGACGAGGAGGACGCCGGGCCCGGGCCCGGUCUUCAGAUAUUCAGCGAGGUCUUUUCCGAAGGCCUUGGGGUUGUGUUCCGGUGGUCUAGUUGUGGAAGCAAGGAAGAGGCAGAGGCAGCUGAAGCGCAGCUGCUUGCGACCUUCGAUUACGCGUGGAACAAGGACAAGAAUGGUCACCGAAGGCCCGCAGAUGUAUAUAAGAAGAUAGCGGAAAGGAAAGCAUCCGUCUUGGUGGGAUUCAGAAUGCCCGGCUGGCGACGAGCAUUGUUCGGUAGACGAAAGCAAUACGCAGGGGUGGUCGUCGCGACCGUGAGGCCGAGCGCCAGCAAAGAGGAGUCGAAGCCUGUCCGCCGCCGAACGUCGUCACCCAAAAUUAGGGAGCGGGCGGACGAGGUGCAUGGCCUGCCUGAUGCUGGCGCGAGUCUGGGUCCCAGUCCACCACCGAACAGGAGACGGAGCGCGUGCGUCAGUCAAAGGGAGCUCGGCGACGCUUUGACGAAGAGAACGGACGAGGCCGGUGUUGUUGUUCGGGACGAGGGCGCCGUGAGACCCAACGGCAAUGCCCGCAAUCUUCGUUCGACUGCAAAGGGUAAGGUGUCAAAAGUUGAUGCUGAAAACACAACACCAACGGGGCAGGGAGAGCAAGGGAAGGUUGUCGUUCCAUGGAAAAACUUCAAGGUGUUAGAGGAGCAGAGCAAUGCUGUCGUUGAGAGCGCAGUGCUUGCGGCGAAAGGCAACAACCUGGCGGAUAUCACGCCAAGGAAGGCGGGAGGAGCUGGAGCUGGAGCUGGAGCUGGAGCUGGAGGUGGUGGUCCUGACAUGGAUGCGGGGAAGGGCCCUGACCUCCCCCUUCUUUGUGGCGCAAAAUGCGGAGACGGCAAAAUAUGCACCACCCCACCUGUGAAGGGUCGAAAGAGGUGUGCCGAGCACAAAGGAAAACGUGCUGCAUCGGCUUCAGUAACUGCAGCUAAUCGCGGAGAUUAGGAAAUCGAAAGCAUGAGAGUCAUCCCUAGAUUACUGGAUGCCUUACCAAGAUUAGGGAGCGGACUGACGAUGACGAUGACGAUGACGAUGAGGAUGGCGCUGACGCCAUUGUACUUUUGAGAUGUGCUCCGGAGGGAAAGUGAUCGAACUGAAGACCUUAUAUUCCUCCCGGACUGGACGAGAUGCUACAACAUUGACGAAACAAGUACAUUAAACCACUGGCACCUUUCCCAGGCAUUUUGCCGAGACGCGGCGGUUAACAAGGACACUCGGCCUCCGGCGGCGGCCAGAUGUGCCUCCAAAACUCGGCGCGCAGGGCCCGCGGCCGAUAGCUGGGAAAGGUACUGGCGGUUUGAGAUCAAUCAUUAUGUGGAAUACCUUUCAGAAACAGAUUGAUUGCACACUAACUUUCAGCGGUUUCCAGUGCCUUCAAGUAUACAGUUAGGAGCAUCGUUCCUUCCAGUUAACUGUGCGGUAACUGUACAGUCACUUUGAGCACAGUAAAACAACAGUUGGCACGCUAAUUUUAGUGCCUUUCACUGCCUUCAAGUAAGAGUAUCGCACACUAAUUUCAGUGGCCUCUAGUGACUUCGAGGAGAGUCAAUUACGAGCAUCGUACCUUCCAGUAACCGUACAGUCACUUUGAGCACAGUAAAAUAACAGUUUGCACGCUAAUUUCAGCGGCUUCCAGUGCCGUCGAGUAAAAGUAUCGUGCACUAAUUUCAGUGGCCUCCAGUGCCUUCAAGUAAGAGUAAAGUCAAAUUAGGAUC